UAUAUGAUUUUUUUUUGAUGUUUGCCAUUGUCUUGUCUCAGGUUUGGUAUUGAUCCUGAAGUCCAUGCUUUUAUCCGAGCAACAUGGCAGGGAAACUAUUGGGGGUCGUGGGCAAGCUGGAACUUCGUUCCACCUGAGAAGAAGGAUCAGUGGUGGCAUGCGUUCAUUCAACACUACUACUGGGAGGACCAAUUCCAUGAUGAAAUCUACUUGAAAUGGAAGAAACAAACUCAGGUUACCGUCUGUGGCCGCAUCAGCCAGAAAAAGAGAGAUAACCGGCAACCUUCCUACAUGUCAGACGCUCACUGGGCAACAAUGGUUGAGAAGUACAACACUGAGCAAGCGAAAAAGAAGAGUGCAAAAGCUGCAAAAUCUCGUAAGUCUGCUCCAGUUGGGAAGAAGAUGCACAAGCACGGUGCAGGCCCACGCUGUUUCCUUAACAUUCAGUAUAAUAUGAUGGUUGAUGAAGGUUUGGAUGAACCACCUUCAUACACAGCCCUUGCGAGGAAGACUCACACGGGUAAAAACGGCUCCUUCUUAGACGAACGUACAGAGUAGCUGGUGCUGGAGGUUGAGGAAGCCGUUGAAGAGAUGUUACAAGAUGGAUCUCCACAUGGCGACAGUCAAACCGACUCCACUGCUGCUUCAAAUGCAAAGCGCUACCUUCUCAACCAAGAAUACAUCAAGAGAGGAAAGACAAAGAAGGGCACAAUCUAUGGCCUUGGCAGUGCUCAGUACAAGAACAGCAGUCCUUCUGUGCCAAUUCCUGUCUCACUCAAGCGCAACCUUGACGUGGAUAUGCGCAUGUCUGGCUUCGAGACCACCAUUUCUGAAGUCAAGGAAGACAUUGCUGGAGUCAAGGAAGAUUUCACUGCUUUGAAGACAGAGAUCAAUGCUUUCAAGACUGAAGUCACAGGGGGGAUGUCUGCAAGCCAAGCAACUCUCAACAUUAUUCUGCAAACUCUCCAAUCUCAAGCUUCCACUCCUGCCUCAACUGCACAACCAUUUCAGCCUCAAGCUCAGCCCCAAGCUCCAGUUCAAUCUCAUCAUCAGCCACAACCUCAAGCUCAGUCUACGGCUCCACCACAACAUCUCUCGACCAAUACCCAUUCUGAUUUAGAUAGGUGGUGCCAAGAACUUGAUAUGUAAGGUUUGAUCAGUUCAUGUAUUAAGCUACAAUAUUUUGUGUACUUUGGUUCAAAUUCAUGGAUCUUUUGAAUGUUUGAAUGUUUGAAACUUCAACUCUUAUGUAAUAUAUUUCGGUUUCAAUGAUAUUAUGACUUUCUAUUCGCAUAUAGCAUUUUAUAUAAAUUUCAAAUUUGUUUUUUAUAAU